ACAACCUGGAUAAUCACAUUUGGAAAGUAAGUUCUUUAUUUUUAUUCUUUAUUCAUUUUGCCAAAGGAAUCCUCUCAGUCUCAUUUACUGGUGAUUUAUUAAAUACCUUUUAUUCUUUUCAUCCUUUAUCUUUUACAUAUGCAGUAAAAUGUAAUUUAAUGAAAACUUCUGUUUUAAUAAGUUUAUAUCAAAUAUGAUAUAACUGCAGCAACUGUUAAAAUAAUUACAUUUACGUUAAGAACAAAUGUCUAAUAUAGAAACUGAGCAUGAAAAUUAAGUCAUAUUGUUCUACAGAAUCCGUCACUAGAUUGAGAAGAUGAGGUUUGGGUUUCUCUUCUGUGUUUUUUGCCUGAUGAUUUCCAUGAGCUCCAGUCAACUGCAGGAUCCUCCUGGUGAAAAAUGUGAAAGAUGGCUCCCUGGGCCCCCUGGGGCCCCUGGGCCCCCUGGACCAGUUGGAGUCCCUGGAUUCACUGGACCCCGUGGACCCCCCGGAUUUCAAGGGCCUCCAGGACCACCUGGACCAAUCGUCACGUGUGGACGAGAUCUCUUUGGUUCUGUGGAACGGGACAUUGAAAGCCUGAUGAAGAUCACUGCAAAGCUGGACGAUGCUAUGAGCUUUGACGUUGUGCGGAAGGUGAAUCAGAAAUACUUUGUGUCCAACAAGGAGAAAGGAUCAUUCCUGAAGGCUGUGGAUUUCUGCUCCCAACAAGGCUUAGAGCUGGCUCUGCCUCAGAGCGAGGAGGAGAACCGCAUACUGAUUCAGCUGAUUGGUGAAGAUGAUAAAAGAGCCUGGAUCAACAUCAACAGUAGAAAAGCAGAGGGGAAUUUUCAGUCUGAUAUGAAAAAUCGACCUCUGACCUUUACUAAUUGGGGAGAAAGACAGCCAGAUGAAAGCAUUCAGGAUACGGGCUGCAGCAUGGUGACUGAGAACGGCACCUGGAGAGUGACACCAGACUGUUCUCUGAAUAUUUACAUCAUCUGUCAGAUCUAGAAAGCUGAUCUAACAUGCAGCUUCCUCUGUGAUGUAGAAACAACCCAGUCCUUUAAUAACUUUCAUCUGACAGAACAUUUUGCAGACUUGGUGAUGGCUCAGUCCUUGUGCCUUAGCAGAACUUAAACCAGAUCAAUGCUUUCAGACUGCUUUCAUUACUUAAUCCUGUUCUAUACCUAAUUUGUCCUUUUAGAGUCUGGACUCAAUCCACACAGUGAAAAGUAAGCAGCACCCUAGAAACAUUAGACACAUACAUUGUAGGAUGGUUGCCUCCUAUCUCUAAACUUUGUUUUCAUAUUGUUGGAUCUUAUAUUAUGUAUAAAUAUCCUACAUGUUUUUAAUGUAACCAAAAGGCCAACAAGGCUCCUGGAUUGUAGAUUUUCUUAUUCUAUACUCGAUUGCAUGGCAUUUGGUAAUAGUAAACAAAUAAACCAAUAAACUAAU